GUGUCAGUCCUGCAAAUGUCCCCCCGUCAACUUAUUACCUGGAACCUAGCGGCAGAUCUGACGUGUGCAGGCCUACAUCCGUGAUGACAGGUCAACACAACCCUGGUGAAGGUUUAACUGGACAUGGCUGGGCAAUCUAACGUGAGUACAUGUGGCCGAUGUUUAGUUCAAGCUGCAGGUGAAUCCAAACAUUUUUUUUUUGAAAAUUUAAGUCUAUAAUGUGUCAGAAGGUCGAACAAAUAUUUUAGAUAACAAAAAGUGAUCACCAGAAUUUCAAAGCAUGCCCUUGAAGUGUCACACAACACUAUGUCUUCCGAUUUCACUAUACCAAUUGUAUUGUGUGCGUGUUUUUAAUGCCCUACUCUGGUGGGGUUAAAGGUUAAACUAUUCACUGGCGUAGGAAAAGUGGGGCGGAGGGUGUGGGCCGUCCUGGGCGGCACUUUUUUUCUUUAUUUUUACAGGGGAGGCAUUUUUUAGCCAGCGGCAGAGUUUUGCUAUUAGGGGAGGCGUCAAAACAUGCUGACCAGCACUGGCCGGCACUUGCCCCCAGCUGCGCCACUGGCACCAUUAAAAUCUUAUGCGUCUUUGCUUGAUAAGUUUUGCAUAUAGAAAAUUUUGUCAACAUACAAAUGUUUAAAUGACUACUUACAAUUCAGACUCUACGAUAAUUAUCUACAAUUAUCCAGUGGCUGCACUUCGUCCAUAGCAUUACAUGUCACAUGUCACUAACGGGUUUUAAUUCUUUGAAACUUAAUUUUUAAGACGAUUUACCUCAAAAUUUAUUUUAAAAUUCAAAUCUCCGAGACCUAGAGAGCUGAAUGUGUGGACAUAGCUCAGCGCUUCGGCGCUAUCCUCAGCGCUCAAUUCAACAAAAUGAUAUUUGGUGCUCGCAUUUAUUUCGUCAAAUAUAUAUAUAUAUAUAUAUAUAUAUAUAUAUAAAACCUUAUAGAGAGAACCUGAGGAGUUCUGGGUGUGUUUUUUUGCAAUUUUUUUUUUUUUUUAAAGUAGAGUGCCCCUUAUCUCAUGGUAUAAGACCCUUUGAUUAUCCUGAGUUGAAUCCUGUCAGCGUUGUUCCCAUUUGUGUCCUACCUCUGGUCUCCCGGUGGAAGUCACAAUUUCAUUUUGUUUUUCAUAUUGAUUAGCAAUACGUCUAUUUGAUUAGCGUCUACAAUUUAGGGCUCUAUAUGACUCGAUUGAUCUACCAUACAUUGUAUUAUCCUGACGAAUAUUUUCUGUUCUAUAUUAUCCUAAAAUUAACAAGGGGUGUGUAUUUUUUAUUUUGAUAUUUAUUUUUUGGGAUAGACGAGGGAAGUUGUUGGGCUGUCUGCCAAAUGUAGGAGUUUCAAAUGAUGCAUCUCAGAAAUGUUAAAACAGAUUUUAUUGCAAAAAAUGUAAAAAAAAGUUCCCUUGUAUAUCUAUUUAAAGGAUUUUGAAAGGACCCCUCUUUAAAGGAAAACUUUGUCAUGCAUAUGCCACUUUCUUCUGGGCAUGUAGCCCAUUUUUUUUAAAGAUCAAAAAAUUUAAAUUUACGACAUUUUAAACGAUUUGUCAUUAGACAACUUUUAAAAGUUUCAUUUCAGCCUUUCAAUGAAAAUUGUGUACAGUUCUCUUCCCCUUUAUCGCUGUAAAGUUGUUUUAUUUAAAAAAUGCAUUUUUUAAUCAAAGUUGUUUUUUUUAGCUUUUUUUUAUGGUUUACAGCUUCAAAAAAUACAUUUUUACUUUCUAGAUCAGUCCUUACUGAAGGCGCAUUCAAAUUCAAGGGAAAAACCAGUGAUGUCAGUUUUUUUCGAAAUUUGCAAGUUAUCUCCCGUGUGGCUACUUUCCAUUCAAUAGAAUAAUAUGACACAUGGGCCCAACUGAAAAAGCAGCGUAGUCAAUAAAUAAAUAUUUUGAUUUUUUUUUUUUUUACUUUCAUGAGUAAUUUUCAUACUAUAUUAUCAAUUUUUCUCAAAACUCUCAAAUCCUGAAAUCACUGGUUUUUUCCCCUUGAACCCUUCAUGUAUAACGAUACAUUUUCUCAGCGAGCUGGCGCCACUCAAACAAAAAAACAAAAAAAUUUUCUCCCCGCAAAGUAAUUUUCGCCGGCUCAUUUAGAAUACCUACUUUCAGUGUUAAUUUUUGCACAUUUUGGACCUGACCAUGCACAAAGCUCCUCAACCAAAUUAAAACUAUUUAACUCCAGGGCCCUCCAAUCGAGUUUUACAAUUUUAAAGCUUACCUUAUUAUUUGUCAAAAUGGUUUUUAAUAAGGCUCUUCUUUGACGAUCCUGCUAUUUUCGUCCACAUAAAUCUGCCACAGCACGACCCGAUAUUUCUUUAUCAUUCAACGCCACCGUCAAGUUGUGCUGUAUCAUGGGUUUACCCACAUUAUGCCCUAGGUGAUUAAUUCUACAUAGCUAAGCCGGGUACUACAAGCAUACCCAUAAAAGCUGAGGUUUACAACCCGGAACAUACCCGGACCUGACCAAAAAAUGAACCGGGUCAGGGUGUUUAAAAAGAUAUUGGGUCAUUCUUACAACUUACUUCUUGGCAUAUUUCACCUGAAUUAAAUAAAUAAGAAGAAGAAAACUCACCAGCGACUGAGGCGAAGCUAAGUGUAAGCUAACGAAAAAUUCGAAGAUCAGAAAAAUAAUAAUGUACUUUUUGCUAAUUGUGUAUGAAUAUGUAUCUAAGCAAGAUGCAUCGCUUUGAUUAGCUCAUGACACUUCAUGUUUAAAUUAUUCAUUUGUCCUGUCUGCUGAGGAAGGCUCUUAGCUGAAACGUUCCUAAAAUAUUUACGUAUCUCAGUGUUCUUGCCCAAUUUAGGUUUUCCUCAGACGCCAUUUAUCAAAUUCUCACAUUUACGCAUGGAAAUACAAAAACCAUUUAUUUCUUUUUGAUAUUUAAUAAACGGUAGGGUACAAUUUUUUUUAAUAUGUAUAUGAAGAUCGUAGGUCACUCAGAGGCAAUUUGUCGGAGCAUCUGAAAUCAAUAUAUGAAAUCAAUAUAUGCCAUGUCCUGUCUCACUGGAUUGAAAGUGCAAAAAAAAAAUGAAAAUCGGGCAGUACUUUCGGGACGUCCCUGCGACGACAUACUCGUCUAUACAUCAAUUGAUUUUUACUUAGGGUGGAGGCAUGUCAGAACCUAUUUGUACGUACAUGGGAGGGGCGGAGUUGGUAGAAAUUAGACUUUUGUCGUACGCUAUAAGUGGCUCGUCCACUACUAGAUGAAUGCAUGCAGUUGUCAUUUUGCACCAGUGUGGCCGGAAUAAGUUUCUUAUUAUCUACAGAUAGCUCUUAAAUUGUAAUACCCGGGUCCGAUACGCCCCUAAAAAUAUCUUCAUCCGGCUCGGCCCGAAUUCACCUCCUAAAUAAUUAUAAUUCAGUAUCUCUGACAAAUGAGAUCUUAUUGGAUAAAAUAAUUCGACUUAAAGAAUUUGACUCAGUUGGCAAUAUAAAAAGGAAUGUAGUCCACUUACCCGGUUUCAUCAAAAGGGGGCCAUUUGUUUUAAUAUGCAUGGUAUAAAUCGUUUAUUUACUCUAAAAGUCUAAAGGGAAAUGUAUGUGUAAACAACCCCUGCAAACAAAAGUUUAUCUAAUAAAUCCUUGAUAUGUAUUUUUUUUAAUAUGAAAAUUCUAUUAUCCCAUCCGUUUUUCCAUCGCAUAUUUAUUUCAACUACUAUGUCAGGAAGACAAAAGAAAACAUUACGCACCAUGCACACCUGAGAUUGUUUUUGUCACGAAUCUCAUUUAGCGCAGUUAUCGGGAAUUUCAUUUCGUGAAAUCAUGGGCAUCCGAUAGCGUUAAGGCAGAUUUUUUUUAUGGCCUGGGGAUGGGGCUGAAAAUUUGAUCGAAUGUGUGUCAUCGGCAACGAGUCCAUGUGCCAAGUUUCAUUUGAUAGGAUGUCUGGGAGUGGGUCGAUUAGCCGUCCGAAGAUAUCGCAUUAAAUAUCCACACGAACAGAAGCGAAGCUGGUAUAAAUGAUUAAGAGGCACUGUUCAGGUUGAUGUUGUCUCCGUUGAGAAUGGUUUAUUGCCUUGUAUUCGUUGGGCACCGAAAGUUUUGUUUUAAUGUGCGCGGUUUGUUUUGUGCGCUAGUUCGGUUUAGUGAACGCUCAUUGGCGCCAAGAGGCGUUUGACGUACUGUGGCGAGAUUGUUUUUAUGUAGCUUGUAACGUUGUUCAUAGUGUCUGCCUUUUGAAUAAGUGCUAUUCGUUCGCCGGUUGAAGUCUGAGUCAAUGCAUUGAGUGAGAAGGUUGUAUGUUGUUGUUUUGGUUUUUUCUCAAUCUCGAACUGCGCUCUUCGUUGUAUUUGAAUUGUUCAACAACCAAAUAAGAGAGAAAAAUGGAUUAAUUUUUUUUUUCUAGCUAUAGGACUUGUGCUCAGUUAAUAAAACUAAGAUGUGUGAACACGUGAACGAAUUUGACGUAUAAAAACGAUUCUUACGGAUUACGACGGACACUUUUGAAAGCAACAAAGAGUUAAAACAGUUAACUUAUGGGAAGUAGUAGAUAAAAUUCUACGUCUCACGCACAUAUAAAGCUACAAUAUUGCAACGAAAUUUUUAAUAGAAAUAUGAAACCGAAUAUUGCUUUUUUUUUAAAACAUGCAGGAAUAAAGUCAAGAUGCUCAACGUAGUAAAGUGAAAUUCGGUCACAGUCGGUACUUUGCGGAGGUUUUCCAGUAAAUUUCGGUCGAAAUUGAAUUAUAUGGUAUUUUUUUAGGGCAUAGUUGAAGCUUCGAAAGUAAAUUUUAAAAUUAAUAAAUGUAAUGUAAUUCGUUCAAUUGUUCAUUCUAGACUUUCAUCGCAGAAACUUAUUUGUCAGCAAAAAAAUAUAAUUUGAAUUUGUAGGAGAAAAAAAUUGGUUUAUAUAUUUAAUUAAAAAAAUAAUUGGUUUAGGUGACGACUAUAAAUCAUUUUGAAUAGCAUUCAGUAGCCAUGCCAAGGCUACAAGGUCAACGCACUCAUCAUGAUAAACAAUUAAGACGGCCUAUAAAAAAUAUGAAAAUUUAAGCGCAACUUCCGGUGAAUUUCUUUAGCUGCACAAUAAUUGGUGUUUAUCAAACAAGAAGACAGUCUUGUUGUAAAUGAUAAAUGUGAGCGACGAAUCCGCUAAUAACCCACACGCAGAAUUUGUGUGGGCGAGUAUGUAAGUGUGUGUGGGGGGGAGGGGGCGUGGUUGGCGUCUGAACAUCAGAAAAGCUAAGACCGAGAUCGGAAAGAGGACGUUGUAUUAUAGGGUGGGUAAAGGGAAGGGCAAGGCGUAGAUUUGGCGAGUAAAGGGAAGGGCAAGUCGUAGAUUUGGUGAGUAAAGGGAAGGGCAAGUCGUAGAUUUGGCGAGUAAAGGGAAGGGCAAGUCGUAGAUUUGGUGAGUAAAGGGAAGGGCAAGUCGUAGAUUUGGUGAGUAAAGGGAAGGGCAAGUCGUAGAUUUGGUGAGUAAAGGGAAGGGCAAGUCGUAGAUUUGGCGAGUAAAGGGAAGGGCAAGUCGUAGAUUUGGCGAGUAAGGGGAAGGGCAAGUCGUAGAUUUGGUGAGUAAGGGGAAGGGCAAGUCGUAGAUUUGGUGAGUAAAGGGAAGGGAAAGUUGUGGAUUAGGGCGUUGAAAAGAAAGAAAAGUUGGAGAUUUGGGGUUGAAGGGAAGGGAAAGUUGUGGUUUAGGGAAGUGAUGGGUGAAGGGAAGGGAAAGUUGUAGAAUUGUUGAUAAUCACUGCUUUCGGCAAUCAGGUAAAAGCGUAAUGAAGAAGAAAGGUUAUGUUUUAAAGUUGAUGGAGGCCUGUGAACAUUUUAGAUUAGGGUAGGUGAGGGGCAGGCGUUGAUGUAUGAGAGAGAGAGAGGGGUAGAGAGAGAGAGAGAGAGAGAGAGAGAGAGAAUGUAGAGAGAGAGAGAGAGAGAGAAAUCAGAAGAUAGAGGAAGAAUCUAGAUUAGAAGAAAACAAUGUAUACCCAGUCGACAUAUACAGAAAUAAAAGGGGAGGUGAGGGGGAGGCGUGGAUGUAUGAGAGAGAGAGAGGGGGAGAGAGAGAGAGAGAGAGAGAGAGAGAGAGAGAGAAUGUAGAGAGAGAGAGAGAGAGAGAGAAAUCAGAAGAUAGAGGAAGAAUCUAGAUUAGAAGAAACCAAUGUAUACCCAGUCGACUUAUACCGAAAUAAAUCAUGAAAGUGCACUACUGUAUUUACAGUUUAUUUUCACAUUAAGUCACAGUACACAUGUUUAUCAUUCAGUGCGAAUGGGGACCAUUAAAAACAUGCUAAUUUCCACUCUUAGAGACAAUUGCAAGACGGAGCAAUCGCUGCUUUAAUUGGUGGUCUACAUAACACGGGGGCUGUUGCUAGACUUAUACAGAGUGUACACAGGUUACCGCCUAUUUCCCCGGGCAGGAGAAGUCCACAAGAUUUCCCGCAAAAUCCGAUGCCACCUGAUCCAAGUAAGUCCUAUAUUCAUAGAUUGACGUAACUUCUUAAUCCGUGCACCCAGGAGACGUGGUAUAUUCAUUGAGCUGAGUCAGUCCUAUAUCCAUGAAUCUAUGUAAGUCAUAUAUCUGUAGAGACAAACAAAGUCACGUAUCAAAAUAUCCAAGUAGAUACGGUAUCAGUAGAUCACAAUAAUUCCAAUAUAAAUAGAUCUCAGUAAGUCGUAUUGCCAUGAUGUAUCAGAUUAAUGCCAUAUAUAAAAGAGAUGACGAUGAGCAUGUUUCUUUUAGUAAUUUUUUUAAAAAAUUGUAUUAAGUUUAUUAUUAUCAAUGCAGUUGAUUGGGGGAUUGUGCCUGGGGGGAGAGGGGGGUAUGAUCGAUAUGAUGUAAAGGUCACUUGAGUAUUUGAAUCAAUCUUUGAUCAAAGCUUUUAUUAUUACAGUUGAUUGUUUAAUCUAUUUUUUUUUAAAUUAUCAUCAUUUUAGUUGGUCCAAGAGAUCCCCAACACAUAUUCAUCAGCUACUGUCACGCAGACAAAGAAAUAGUUUUAAGACUGUACAAAAGUCUGAAGGUAAAUUUAUGAUUAAGUCAUCUCAUAUGUGCAACGGGUCAGAUGGCUACACUAAAAUGUUAAACACAGUGUCUAUGCUUGGGUGGGAAAACCUUACUGUAAUAUUGUUUUAUUUGCAUGUCUUUAUCUUAUUCAAUCAUAAUAAUGUUUCCAAAUUUAUUAAUAUGCCAAUUUUUGUACAUCUUGAAUCUUUACAUAAUGCCCAAAGUCUAUUUCGGAAUGACAAAAUGACAAGUUAUCCCAGUGUUCAGGCUGAGGUGGCUUUAUAGUUUCUAAUAAAUCUGAUCCACCAAACCCGAUAAAGCCACGGUGUGGUGGACAAAUGUUUGAAAAUGAUUCGAGGAAACUCAGGCAAUCGACUACCUUCCAAGACGACAAAAAAGGGAAGAGGUGUGCCUUAAUAUAUAUCCUACAAUAAAUAAGGCAUAGAAUCUAUUUAACUCAAGGUGGUUGCUGAUGGACCCAUCCAGUUGGUGUCAGUCCGUCAGUGACACCAACUGGAUGGGUCCGUCAGUGACACCAGCUGGAUGGGUCCGUCAGUGACACCUAAACUGAAUUGUAACCAGGAGAUUUGGGAACGCGUAAUCCGUAAAGCGGUUGUUUUUUUUUUUCCCUUGUCCUUGCAAAACAUCUCAGGAUUUCAUCAUGUUGCCAAAAUAAUGAAAACGAUAUCUAGUUUUUUUAUAAUUUUUUUUCCCUUUUCUCGUGUUAAUUUUGUUACCUGGAGCAACGAAAAUGUAUACAAAGGGGGGGGGCGCUGAGGGCGGUAAUCCACCCCAACUCGGUCUGGAAGCAGCUGCUUUGACCAAAACGGCAGCCAUUAACAGAACCCCGAUCAAUGGCUAGAAAGCAUACCAGACACAUAUCUCGGCAUCAAAACUGGCAGGUAGACCACCUUAUUACCACGUUGUCUAUUCAGAAGGGCAGACAGCAUUUAACCCAGAAGACUAUAGACUAUAUAAACAAAGGCAAGCAAAGCCAAAUCUGUGUUGGAAAAAUGAAUCAAACGGCACACUUUCGUGACCCACGUACGAACGUACCACUGCUGGGUGUAAUUCCACUUCGUCAGGGACCCAAACUUUCGGCAUUGUGCACUAGCCCAGAAACAUUGUAACAUAAAUCCACCCCACCUAAAAAAUUACCUAAAGUAGGCUAUGAUGACAAGCCAUUUCUACUCACAGAUGUUUUACAUGACACAGCUGUAGAGAUAGCUGUUGCUUACGUGAUAUCCGGGUCCUCAAAGAUGGAAUACGGUCGUUUUCCUUGGAAGUAUUCCCACUUGUAAUAGUGUCUAUGUACGGACGAGAUCAGUAUAUGUGAAGACUUAUCAGCAAAUGAGUAUGCAUUAAAUAAAUUUAAAAGAUUUUUCGUAUACAUCUAUACAAAACACAUUAUGACUCAGUAGUUAUUCAAAUGGUUGGGUGGUUUUGUUAGAAACCGUUUCAGAAAAACUAUGGCCAAGUCAUUUGCUUUAUUUAUUUUUGUUUAUAUUUAUUCUUCAAAUGUAUUAUGUGCAUUUGUUUUUAACUUUAUCGCUUAAUCUAAUCAACAGCUGAAAGGCUACAACAUAUGGAUAGACGAAGAGAAUAUGGGAGGUAACCUGCUGGACGGAAUGGCCCAAGCUGUUUCAGACUCAUGGGUUGUCCUCUUGUGCAUAUCAAGCAAAUACCAGGACAGCAAACACUGCCGUACAGGUAUUGUGUAGAUUACUUUCUUAACACUUGAUGUUAACUCUAGUUGCAUUGCACCAUCUUUCAUCAUCAUCACGUCCCUUAGUCUUUGGACCGUUGGGGCGCCAGAGAUGACAUGUGAACUAUCCUCCUCCAUUUGCCUCUGUCAUCUGCACUCCGCAUAGCAUCGCCUAGUUUUAUUUCCGUCCACUCCUUGAUGUUGUCUUCCAACCUUUUUCUUUGUCUUCCUCUUCUUCUCCCUCCUCUUGAGGUGCCUUGCAAGAUUUUUUUUGGUGAGCCUUUGUUUCCUUGUCACGUGACCAUACCAUUACAGUUUCCGCUUUUUUACAGUCACCAUUAGGGCAUCGUACUGCCCAAUGGCCUGACGAACCCUUUCUUUCACUUGAUCAUUGGAGAUAUGAUCCCUAUAGUAGAUGCCAAGGAUGCUUCUGAAACAUUUCAUCUCCAACGCCUUUAUUUUCCUUUCAAGUUCAGCUGUUAGUGUCCAGGAUUCGCAGGCAUACAGGAAAAUGGCGAGGACUAAAGAGCGCAUCAAACAUAUUUUGGGUGUGGGUGGCUGAGUGGUCUAAACUGAGCAAAUCCCAAGUUGAUGAUCUGGACUUCACUUCCAGCCAGAGCCCAGUCAAGCAAAAAGAUCUCCAGCAUCAUGGAUGGAUGGGACCCGUCAACCUUGGAUGGCAACUUAUCUAAGAGAAGGAAACUCUGAAAUCAAACCGGGAGACGUAGUCCCGAAAGGCGGAUAACAUUGGUACAAUGUAACAUUCCGACAACUCCUGCAACGUCACUGGUGCCAAGCUGUAUCAUCCAAAUGAUGUUCCCUUGGGUUAUCCAGCGGCGUGGAGAGAGACGAUUUGCAGUUGGGAACCAGCUUAUAAUCCUUGAAGAUUAAUCCCAGGCCUUGUGGAUUUGGUCCUCCGACGCCCACACCAUCUUCUCAUUGUGACGGACGGAUGCCAGCAAAAAAAAAAAUAUAAUUCUUGAGCCUCUUUAGUGCUGUUUUGGUCUGGGCAAUCCUAGACAUCAGUUCUGGCUUGGAGCUUCUUCCAAUACUACUUCUCCCAGGUAUUUGAAGAUGUCUACAGUCUCUAGUCUUCCUCCCCAACCUUUAUUUCAGUGGCGAUGCGGGUGGUGUUAUUUGCCAUCAGGUUUUUUUCGGCACUGAUUUGCAUGCCAUAGGACGAUGAAGUCAUGUAGAGAUGAUUUACCAGGUCGGCUAGCUCUUCUUCGCCCCCAGCCAGUUCGUCAAUGUCAUCUGCAAAGCGUAGGUUAGUGAUUGUUCUGCCACCAAGGCUUACUGCCCUUUCAUGCGCUUCCAGAGCAUCUGACAUAAUUCUCUCUAGGAAGAUGUUGAAGAGGGUGGGAAAGAGCAAGCAGCCUUUUCGUACUCCAACCGUGGUCUUGAAACAUUCUCCGAUGUUAUUGUUGAAGAAGGCUGCACUGGUGGCCUUAUCAUAGAGGCUGUAUAUCACUCAGGUUAGGUUUGUGUUGAUGUUUUAGUGCCUCAUGGUGGCCCAUAAAGCAGCAUGUCAAACCCUGUCGAAUGCUUUCUUUUAAAUCCAUAUAGACGUGGUAUAGGUUUUGUUGGUGUUGAGCAUAUUUCUCACAUUGUAUUCGGAGGUUUAGAAUCUGCGUAGUAGUGCCACGUCCUUGUCUGAAGCCCGCCUGUUCUUCAGUAAUGAUUCUAUCGGUAUAUGGUUUUAGUUGGUUCAAUACGACUUUCAGCAUGACCUUUCUUGGAUGGUUUAUUAGGCUAAUGGUGCGACAGUUGUGGCAUAGCUGUAGGUUACCUUUUUUGGGGAGGGCGAUGAUGAGCGAUUGGGCACAUGAUUUAGGGCCAUUCCUUUGUCAGCCAUAUUUUUUGUUACAAAUAUUGAAUAGGGCACUUAUCAUUGCUUAUCCUCCUUGUUUCACCAACUCGGCAGGGAUAUUAUCCACUCAUGUGGCCUUUUCUACUUGGAGUGCUUGGACUGCUGCUUCUACGUCUGCGCGGAGAAUAGGGUACUUAUCAUUGUCUGUUGCUGGAGGGACAUUAAGGAUCUCCGGGUUUAUCUUUAUACUUUCAUUAUAAAGCUCUGAGCAGUAUUCAGUCCAUAUUUUGAGGAUAUCAUUUUCCUCAGUAAUUUUGCACCAUCUUUACUAAUGACAAAACAAAACCAUCACUUCGAUUACAGUCUUUAGUUGGAAAUUUUGUCUCAUACACCAUGAAAAAUUGUCAUUGUUUCACUAACUCUUUGUUCUCAAUUACAGCUCUUCCAAGUCUCCCUCCUAUCGGAUACUUAUCUCACCCCUCUCAGUCAAACAUUAGAUUCAAUUCACAUUUAAAAAGUGGGGGCGUCUAAAGAAAGCACUAGUCACUCGAGAAAACCUGUUCACUACGGUGACCACUGGCCUGGGCAUCAUGGACCAGCACUGACAACCCGCCGACCGAUUAAAUUAAAUCCUCUCUGAUUAGGGAGCUGUUAGUUUUCUGGACCUCUCAACAAACUAUGUUCACUGGCCACAGCUACCCACCGACCUAGGUCAUCCUAAGAUCUGUUAUAAAAAGAUAAUUACGCAACUCACCGGUGAAACUGACCAUAUUGUUUGAUCGUUGCGGUAGUUCCUCAUUCUUUCCAACCUCCUUUCUAGAGACCGACGGAAUUUCGGUUUCGGCCUCGUAACCAAACACGCCUCGGUCCAAGACUCCGAAGCUUAGAGAAAUAUGUUUACUCCAUCACUUUUUCUAUUCAAUAAUAAACAUCUAUUGAUGCUUUUAAAUUAUUUUCAGAGGCCGAGCAUACGUUUGCUACGAGAAAAGAAUAUAUGAUCAUUAAAUUGCAUGAAAAGUUUCAGCCUAGUGGCUGGUUGGCUCCACUCUUCGGCGCAAAAAAGUAUUAUGACUUCAGUGGAGGAAUACCUUAUGACAAAAUCCUUAAGGUAUUAAGAUUGUAUUAGUGAUUUGUGUCCAACUUCUAUUUAUAUAAUUGUUAAGACAUUUCUCUAUUAAAACAUUAAAUUAAGGUUACUUAACAUGUCAAUAAAUUCAAACAAUUCCUUAAAAUGCUUUUGGUAUGUUCAUUUUUUUUCACUUUUUGCAUUUAUAUAUUGACUAUAACUUAAUUUGUUUCAGAAACUUAUAGAUGAGCUCGAGGCUGUCAAAAAACGAGUAAAUAAAGUACCGAAAUGUAAGCAACUGAACUUUAGCUCUUUAUCAUUAUCGGUUAAUCGAACAUUUAGUUUUUCUGAAAUAAUAUUUAAAUAUAUUACUGAGAAAACGACAACAUGUUGUUUGCAUCAUGAAUCUCCACCUUUAAUAAUCAUAACAAGAAAAAAUGUAAUUUAAGCUGUGUACACAAUGAAAACGUAUUCAAAGAUCCUACUUUGUCCAAUUAUGUUUUGUAAUUGAAACCGUUAAAAUUAUUAGGAAACCAAUUCAUCAAACUCUAAUCUGGUUAUGAUUAUUUUUUUCCACAUAUUUCAGCAAAGUAAAAAAAAAAAAAGGGAGAAUCCUUUCAUUCCAGAGAAUCUACAGUACGUGAUAACAUUUCACAAAGUAUCCUAAACUAAGCAAAUCUUAUUUUUUUUUUUUAUUAAAUAAGAUUAUUUUUUUCCACAUAUUUUAGAAAAGUAAAAAAAAAAAAGGGAGAAUCCUUUCAUUCCAGAGAUUCUACAGUACGUGAUAACAUUUCACAGAGUAUCCUAAACUAAGCAAAUCUUAUUUUUUUUUUUUAUUAAAUAAUUGACAUCAGUUUCAUUAUUGAUAGUGACCGCUUAAACUUAGAUGCCGAUUUUUUUAAAGAAGAAAGAGUUAAUGAAUUUAAUAGUUUUGCAAAGCGACCGGGAAUUUUUUGUUAUAUACAUUUUUCAAAGUUUAUUUUUGGCACAUAUAAAUCUUUUAAAUCUUUGUGAAUCAAGGUUUCUUAUGAACAUAAAUGCCUAAUUUUAUGGGGGGGGGGGUUAUGUAUUUUGUUUUCAAUGUAAAAUUAAAGUCAUGUUAUCUGUUUCCUAAAAACUAUUGUUCCGUAAGUUGGCAAAACAAACAACCACAAAUGAGUUCAAUAUUUUUAAUAUCUCCCCAGUCUAUUUAUGUUUAUAUGGCAAUUUAAGUCCAUUGUUGAUCUCAUGAAAUUGUGUUGGGCUUCCAUCAUUGGUUUUCUUUAAAUGGAAUAUUGAAUUAUAACUGUAUAAAAUUUAUAUUUUGGGGAUACAUUGGAUGUACAUUUGCUAAUUUUGUUUUGCAUAUCUGCCAAAAGGUGGUAACACAGUUCAUUCCUAGUAUCUUGCCGUACUCUAGUAGACGUACAUAACUUAUGUGUUCACCUUAAAACAUAAGUUAUCUAACCACGCACUCUGUGUAUAAUUAUUCAAAUAUUUCGUAGUUUUUGAAUAGCCAAAAAUAGUAUCAGCGUAUGCGACUUUCUAUACGGAUUUAAUCAUGUAUUGUUGAGUGCUAAAUUGGUAAAUUUUGUUGUAAAAAAAUGUACUAAUUUAACAAUCGACAAAACAUUGUAAAAUCCUUGUGUAUAAAUGUAACAGGAUUUAAUUGAUUACUUUAGAAAGUUUAGUGAGUAACUUUUAUUGUAAUAACUCAGCAAACAUGUAUUUAUAAGAGUGUUGCACUGCGAUAAAGCUUUAAUAGACACAAACAAUUUAUGUAAAUAAAACAAUAUAUGUUCAGCUUUAAUGAUGAUUUUAAAAAAUACAAAUUGUAAACGGUUU